AUGGCAUUUUACUUUCGCAGAGAAACUGUAUCAGGACGUGCAGAGAAGUAUGAUAUAGAUGGAAAUCUUGUGGAGACUCUUCCAAACUGCCGUGCAAGAUAUUCUCUUGGAUGUGCUGUUUAUAACGGAGAUGUGUGGGCAGCUGGAGGAUUUGAUGGCACUGGGACUUACUGGACUACAACUGAGGUGUACACGAAGAGUACAAAUAGCUGGAAAGCUUAUCAAAUGAAUGACAACCCAAGUUAUCCUCAGCAUCACGUAUUUAAUAAUCAACUCAUGGUAUUUGGAUCAAGAAACCCUAAUGUUUUAGAAUAUUAAGAUGGCACGAAAUGGCAAAUUACUUCUGGUCAGGCUCUUACAAAAUUAAAUGAUAUGUGGGGGGUUUCAGUACCUGUAAUGUGUCCAGCCUAAUAUUUAUGUACAGUGGUUGGUGUUUAUAUCAUUACAACAAUGACGACUUUUACAAUUAAGUUUGGAUUUCUAACAAGCUUUUUUUCAAAUUAAAAGUUUACAAGUAAACCAGCAAAAGAUGUUGAUUGACAGCUUCUGUAUUGUUUUCAUGUUUAUGUGUAUCCAUACUGUUUGAAAUUUAAGAUUUCAAAAUUAGAUUUUUUUAAAUUUAAAUUUUCUUAGUUGUAUUUGUACCUGAGAUAAUAUGAUAUAGAUAUGCAUGUAGGUAGAAACCUGCUGCCUAUAUACCUGGUAGCAGGAAAUCUCCUUUGAGAAGGGCUGGGCAAAGUUCCGUUAACAAAAUGGAAGUUUUCGAAAAUUAACGUAAGAGUCCGUUAACAAACGGCAAAAACAUUUAAUUUGUACAGCGUUAACAAAACAGAUAAGUCGUUUUGGAAAAAAUUACCAGUUGAAAACAAAAUUGAAACUGAUGGGUUUUUAAAAAACAGCAACUUUUGUUCUUGCCAAAAAAAGUAUUAUCAUCGUUAGUACUACGAACAACCGUUUUUUUGAA